AUGAGCGGACAGGAGCACUGGAUGCUUCCUCUUCAGAGAGCGUUCUACCCCUUCCUCGCCAUCGUCGGGAUACCCUCCAACAUCGUGACCUUCCUGAUCUUCUGGAGGCGGAACUGCAUGCUGUCAAAGUCCAGCACCUACUAUCUGAUGGCGAUCUCAGUGGCGGACACGCUGGUCCUCAUUCUCAUAGUCGUCAUGGAGAUGGUGCUGAAGUUCCACGUUGAGGAGCCCUUCUGGAGCAAGGACCCCUGGUGCAGCCUGAGGGACAUCUUCAACUACGGAGCCUACAACGCCUCCACCUGGCUGGUGGUCACCUUCACAGCGGAGCGCUUCAUUGCCAUCAACAACUGCAGCCUGAAAGCCAGGUUCUGCACCCCGAAAUGUGCCGUCAUCACCAUCACCCUGGUGUGCUCCUGUAGCCACCUGUGUGCUGUCCCGUACUUCUGGUCCAACAAGUCCUACUUCAACAGGAGCGCUCACCCUGGGACUCCUGUCUGCAUCUACGAUCCGCACCUGCCUGGUUUCUACGUGCGCGGGCUGGUGUGGUUUCAGACCGCCUUGGUUUACAUCGUCCCCUUCGUGGUGAUCUUCACCCUGAAUGGGUUGACUCUCCGGCAGAUCGUUCUCAGCAACAAGGUCCACGCCGCGGCCGGGGUGCGCCGCCAGGCUCCCAGCCACUUCCAGAGCCAGAAGAGGAAGUCGGUGGUUCUUCUCAUCACCGUGUCCAUGACCUUCGCCUUGCUGUCCAUCACCAGGUUUGUCACCCAGAUCAUCCUCCGCAGCGCGCACUACGAGAUCGACCGCACCGAUUACACCAUCCCCAUUAACGUGGCGGCUGACAUCGGGACCAUGCUGGACCUCACCAACGCUUCCUUCAACAUGUACCUCUACGCUUGCACGCAGUCCAAGUUCCGCAAGGAGCUGGUGGACUGUGUCAAGAAGGCCAUCUACCCCUGCAAGAGCUGCAAGCCCCUGGACCCGGACUACCCUUCCACCAUCUUCCACCUGUAG